CCAAAAAUAUCUCACCCAAACAUACAAAAGUAAUAUAAUAUCUUACCAUCAUUUUCUAGUCAGCAGUCCAAUGACAUAAGAACCUCACAAAUCCUUUGCUAGCGUUGGUGUAGCGAGACUCGAAAUCCAUGCCCAGUACCGGCAGCAGUCCUGAGUCUCCUGACUCCUGAGGCAUGGAGGGUCCAGAAGGCUUCAACGACUGGGAGCAAAUCCAAUCCCCAGGUUCCCAGAUUCCUCCUCCCACGGCCCAGUCAAGACAUUGGGCGAUGACAGUGAUAAAGGAUGACUUUUACAAAGACCGUUCCGUGUUUCCUCCCGGUGACCAUGAAGGCCUGCGAAUUUCUUCACAAGAUACUCCACAGCCGGAUUCACUGUCACCAUCGUUGUCACCGCGGUCGCAACUGCUGCAUGGGCAAGGAUUUGGGGGGCGUUUGAGGUCGCGUUUUGGGGUGCUGAGUUCCGGGAUUGUAAAGAUUGCCUCCAGUGUUCGAUGUUAUGCAGUGGGUGCUGGAGGAUUUCGGGCAUUUGGGUCAGCAGCUGGGGGGGCGGCCGCGGCGCUGUUGCUGUUGCUGUCGUUGUUGUACUUGUGGGUUCGGCGGUGGCAUCGGCUGCGGGAAGAGGAGAAGAAUCGUUUGGUCCUCUUGCUCAAAGAGAAAGACCAGAAGAUCAGUCAGCUCUUACUUCAAAUUGCCAAAAUGAGUGAAAUGUUUUCAGCACACCGCAGGGUUCCUGUGGUCCGAGUUGGUGGAAUGAUCACACAUGGUCAGCCAACCUGAUGCGAUGCUCUUCUGUGCAUUCUAUACCAGCUUUUGCCGUCAGAGUUAGAUGAUCGUACAUGAAAUCGGUGACUGCACCAGUGAUUGUUAUUUCUUAUAUUUCAAUUUAACUGUGAUGCUUAUGAUACAUAUAUGAAUCGUGUGAAGUCAUAUAUGUGUUUCCUGUUUCA